UGGUAUCUUCUCAUCUUCACACUCAGUAUACGCAUGGUGUGAGCUGUAUAGACUAAUCAUAUAGACAAGGACAAGUCUGUCAAUGUGAUCCUUCAGACUUGGAGUGCACGACCCCUCGCAAUGACGCUGGGGUCUUUGCCUCGGCACAAUCGGGUCGAAGCUGUUACAGCAGCUGUCCGAACGGGAACUUUCUGGUGAUGCGACGUCCCAGGCGUACCGCUUCGUCUGUAUAGAGACUUAACCCAGCGAAAGCGUUCGCUGGCAGAUCCUCAAUGGGCUCAGACAGUGCUGACGACCAGAGUGCUCGCGCUUCGAGCUCAACGUCCCAGGCCAAGGACCGCCUAGACCAAGUCGCCAACCACGUCUCCCAGUCCAGCAGCGCGAAGAAAGUCCCUCGAAGUCGUCGCAAGAAGUCAGACUCAGACCUACCUGCUGAUUACUCGGAUAUAUUGGGCCAGAUCAAGACCUUGAGGGACAGUGCCGCGAAGCCAGACACAAGCAAGAGGGGGUAUAUACGGCAGAAACAAGCUGGCAAGCUGCAUGUGCGCGAACGAGUAGAUCAAUUGCUCGAUGAAGGAUCAUUCUAUGAAGUAGGGAGUGUGAGCGGGACUGUGAAAUGGAAGCAGAUUACUAGCCUGAAAGAGGAGCCUGUUGACUUUGUGCCGUCCAAUAAUGUCCAGGGGUUUGGUGCUUUGAAGGGGAGGAAGAUACUCUUUACGGCUGAUGACUUCUCCAUCCGUGCUGGACAUGCCGAUGGAGCGAUCUGGGAGAAGACGGUGUACAUGGAAAAGCUAGCACUCUCAAUGAAGCUGCCAAUUAUCAAACUGGUUGAUGGGUCGUCGGGUGGUGGGUCGGUGACGACCAUUAAACAGCACGGUUUCUCGUACGUCCCUCCUAUGCCCGGAUGGCAUUUUAUAUCACAACAGCUCAACGCAGGCAUACCAAACCUCGGUGCUUGCUUGGGACCAGCAAUCGGUCUGGGAGCUGCUCGCGUUGUAUCGUGUCAUUUCUCAGUAAUGGCAGCCGAUGUAGGUGCGCUGUUCAAUGCUGGUCCCGAGGUAGUCAAAGGUGCCACAUUCGAAGAGGGCCUCAGCUUUACAGAUCUCGGAGGGCCCGCGAUGCAUGCAACAAACGGCACAAUUGACAAUCUCGCAGCGAACGAGGCGGAAUGUUUCGAGCAGCUACGUACAGUCCUCAGUUACCUUCCGAACCAUGGCACUCAGGUCCCUCCUGUCCUAGGCUACAGCGACGAUCCCAUUGACCGGAAAGCUUUAGAACUACGCACGAUCAUACCGCGCAAACGAGAACGCAUGUAUGACCCGAGGAAGAUCAUCACAACAGUCGUGGACAAGGACAGCUGGUUCGAGAUCGGAGCCCUAUGGGGCACAACAGCCAUUGUAGGACUCGCACGACUCGGCGGCCACCCUGUAGGCAUCGUCUCGCUGAACUGUGAGGUCAACGCCGGAGCCAUAGACGCAGCUGGAGCCCGCAAAAUGACAAGGCAUCUCAAAUUCCUGGACAUCUUCAACAUACCGCUUCUCGAAUUCGUGGACGCGCCUGGCUUUGCCAUCGGCACUGUCGCUGAACGCUCAGCGACAAUGAGACACGGUGUUGGCCUGGCAAUGGCCUACUACACAUCGACGAUCCCAAUCUUCAACGUCAUCGUACGUAGAGCGUACGGUAUCGCCGCUGGCAUCAUGGUCGACAGUCGAGAUCCUCGCGUGCGAGUUGCGUGGCCGUCUGGUGAAUGGGGCAGUCUCCCGCUUGCAGGUGGUAUCGAAGUCGGCCAUUCACACGAGUUGAGGGAGAUUGCAAAAACCCAAGGGAAGGAAGCUGCGGCGAGUAGAUACAAGGAACUUGAUGAGGAGUACAGGAGGCUCAUGAACCCUGUGCGAGCAGCGAAUAAUUUCGGCAUUGAAGAGGUCAUUGAUCCGGCGGACACGAGACCCAUUGUGUGUGAAUGGAUCAGGCAUUGCUAUGAGGUCCUCCUUCCACAUAGAGUUUUGGAGAGAGCGGCGGGUAAGAUUAAUCCAUCGUUUGCAUGAUGAUACUAUCAUGCUGAGGUACUACAUCAUGUCUCGAUACUGUGAGCCCCUAAAUAUGAACGAUACGAUAGUGUCGUUGUUCAACGUAAGUCCCGUGCAAAGCGUCCUGAUGAUAUUGGUCAAUC